AUGUCGAACACACCGAAGAUCCCGUUUGAUCUGCAAUUGUUCAAUUUUACACCGGAGCGUAUUGAGCGCAUCGUGAGCAACUUGCCGCCGGGUGUCGAUUUGAACGAGUUGGACCUUAGCGAUUGGGAUGGUCAGGGAGAUCACAUUCCCGAACAUCUGCUCCCGAUUCCACGAGAAUCGGUGAUCCCAAAUAUGAAUUUUAAAAUUGAUAUUUGGAAAGGAAACAUGGACUCUGACAUCGAAAUGGAGAAUUGCGGGGUUUUCAUGCACUGUCAAUACUAUGAUCGCACACCGUGCGACAAAUGCAUGUUUCAUAUGAGUUAUAUGAAUGGGGAGAUCAUACUGAAGUGCAAUAGCAAGAAGUGCAAAUUUUGCAAUGUCAAGCCUCUGAAGCUGGGAAUGUUGGAUGAUGUUAUCGUGCCGACACCAAGCGCAAAGACAUUCGCUAUCAUGGAGAUCACCAACAUGCUCUCGUUUCCCGAUGACCAGAUCUCGGACCUUUGCGUCAAAAUGCGUAUUUCUCUCGAGGAUCUCGCAAGAGACAAGAAAAUCGAUAAGAAAGCGUUUUCGCGAAUUCUCAAAAACAGUGAGAAGUUCUUAACAGCGUCAACUGUUAAGCAAAUGGCCAAGUUCGCGCCAAACAAAAACCAUUCACUUUUUCUGCAUAUGGUUUACAAAUAUAUUGAGCAUUUUGCGAGAAACAUCGAUAUCGCCGACAUGUAUGGCUAUGAAAAUCUCUCAUGGAUCACAAGGGAGAACAAGAGAAUCAUGCUUCUUCUCAAGCAAGUCGUGCUCACAAGCUGCUGCCUGAAGGCAGAAGCUCGAGUGACGUGGUUCGACAAACUAUGCAAAUGCGUUAGGGGCUCGAUCGCAUUCUGCAAGAUGCUUUCUCAAGGCCUCCCAAUGUCGUCAGACAACGAGCUACUGGUCAAUCAUACCCAUAUUUAUUCAAGUUCUUUUUAA